AGAGGCUGAUGGAUCUUGAAUAAGAGGUUUAUACCCUCUUGCUUUGGCAAUUCCAUUAAUGGUUAGGACAAGUCAUGGAAGUCUUCUCAAUCCGACUUGUGAAAGAAAAUUAUACUACUCCAUUAUUUUCUUUACACAAGAGCAAGUAUUCUUCCUGGAUUUUUUUAACGCAAGAGCCCUAGGUCUGCCGCCUCAUCAUUCUCAAUUGCUCCGGACAGCUUGAAAUCAUAGCAACACAGCGCCGUCGAAGAUGGAAGAUUCACAAGAGAAUGGUAAGCGAAAGGAUUAUAAAACUUGGUCAACCGAAGAGAGUAACAUAUUGCUGCAAUUGAUGGUUGAUGGAGCAAAACGUGGUCUACGUGAUGUUAAUGGAGUCAUUACAAAACAAACAGUGGAAAAGAAACUUCUUCCAAAACUUAAGGAAAAACUUGGUUAUGAAAUUAGUUUUAGUCAAUAUCAAAGUAGAGUGAAAUGGUUUAAGAAACAAUAUUCUAAUUACUCUAAGCUUCUACGCCAUAAUUUUGGAUUUGGGUGGGAUGCAACCACAAAGAAAUUCACUGCUCCUAAUGAAAUAUGGGAAGAUUACUUAAAGGAAAUGGAACUGCAACAUGCAUGAAUGCAAUUGGCCUUGGCAAUGACACAGAUGCCACUAUAUUACAAGUAGAAGAAGAAGAUGAAGUUGAUGGAGAAAACACCUUUAAGAGACACAAGAAGUUUCAACAAAGUGUUGAAGGCUUUGAAUACAAUAGCACCACAUCUUAUGGCCAAACCAGAGUCUGUACCAUACAUCAUCAAAGAGAGCACAAGGAUUGUGUUGGAGCGAUAGACGACACCCAUAUUCCAGCAAUGGUAGUUGGGCGUGAAGUAAGUAGUUAUCGCAAUCGUCAUGGGACUAUAUCUCAAAAUGUCUUAGCUGUAUGCAAUUUUGAUCUGCAAUUCAUUUACGUGCUUAGUGGAUGGGAGGGUUUUGCCCAUGAUUCAAAAGUUUUAAAUGAUGCACUUUCUAGACCAAAUGGGCUCAAAGUGCCAUCAGCUCCGGAUGAAGACACAACAAAUGAAACAGAUGAGAGUUAUGAAUGGGAUGAUACUCAAACACAAGAUCAACAACAAGAGAAAGCUAACGAAUGGAGAUUGAAUCUUGCAAAUGAAAUGUGGGCAACAACUAAUAGUGAAAAUAGUUAAUUCUUUACUUUAUUUGUUUUACAAUUAGAUUUGUUUUCAUUUUUGUUGAAACAUUUGAUUGAGAUGAUGAAUUUUAUACAAUGCAAUGUUUUUUUUUAUCUAUUUUAUUAGUAUACUUACUUUUCCCUUGUGUGCUAGGUCAAAUUUUAUUUUACAUUGUCAAUUAGUAUUAAAAAUAAUACAAUUAG